AUGCCACGAGAGAUUAUCUCAUUACAGGUCGGCCAAUGUGGAAAUCAAAUUGGUCAAGAGUUUUGGGCUGGACUAUGCGCGGAACAUGGUAUUAGUCCAGAUGGUAUAUUAGAGGAAUUUGCUACUGAGGGUGGAGAUCGAAAAGAUGUCUUCUUUUAUCAAGCUGAUGACGAGCACUAUAUACCACGUGCUAUAUUAUUAGAUUUAGAACCACGGGUGAUCAACAACAUUUUACAAUCACGAUAUGCCAAUUUAUACAAUCCGGAAAACAUAUUCUUGUCAACGGAUGGUGGUGGUGCUGGUAACAAUUGGGCAGCAGGAUACUCACAGGGCGAGAAGGUGUACGAGGAAGUGAUUGAGAUGAUUGAUCGUGAAGCAGAUGGCAGUGAUAGCUUAGAGGGAUUCAUGCUACUGCAUUCAAUUGCAGGAGGAACUGGAUCUGGCCUUGGAUCCUAUCUGCUAGAAACUCUAAAUGAUCGAUACCCAAAGAAGCUAGUUCAGACCUAUUCAGUGUUUCCAAACAAUGAAGAGACAAGUGAUGUUGUUGUGCAGCCAUACAAUUCUCUCUUGAGUUUGAAACGACUUACUUUGAAUGCUGAUAGUGUCGUGGUCUUGGAUAAUGCUGCACUCAACAGAAUCGCUGCUGACCGACUGCACAUCCAAAACCCAACUUUUGCUCAAACCAAUCAACUUGUGUCGACAGUCAUGAGUGCAAGCACCGUCACUCUCCGUUAUCCAGGAUAUAUGAAUAACGACUUGGUGGGGAUGAUUGCCUCAUUGAUUCCUACACCACGUUGCCAUUACUUGAUGACAAGUUACACGCCCUUCACUGGUGAUCAGGUUGACAAGGCAAAGAGUAUUCGAAAGACCACAGUAUUGGAUGUUAUGCGACGAUUACUUCAACCGAAAAACAAGAUGGUGUCCACCAACCCGACAAAGAAGAGUUGCUACAUAUCAAUAUUGAACAUUAUACAAGGGGAUGCUGAUCCAACUGAUGUACACAAAUCACUCCUGAGAAUACGAGAAAGACGACUAGCUCAAUUUAUUCCAUGGGGUCCAGCAUCCAUUCAAGUUGCCUUGUCUCGCAAGAGUCCAUAUGUACAAACUCCUCAUCGAGUGUCUGGGCUCAUGCUGGCUAACCAUACAUCCAUUGCAUCUCUUUUCAAACGUACAUGCGAUCAAUAUGAUCGACUACGAAAAAGGAAUGCCUUUUUGGAACAGUAUCGACGGGAACCCUUGUUUGCUGAUGGAUUGGAGGAGUUUGACUCGUCAAGGGAAGUUGUCCAAGAGUUGAUCAAUGAGUAUGAGGCAUGUGAAUCACCAGAUUACGUAAACUGGGAUCCAACUAUGGCAGCUGGCACCUUAAACUCCGCGCCAAAGGUUGAUCAAAGUGCACGAUUAGGCUAG